AAAAAAACUUUGCCUUGAGCGACGACAACAAGUCUAUGGGGCGAAAGCGCGCGCGAGCCAUAGACAGAGGAUGUGAACCCGGAGAGUCACGUGACGCGGAAGUAGAAGCCGCAUUGAGAGCAGAGCAACAACAAGAGCCGUUCUCUGUCCGGACAAGGCAACAUGUCGAAGUUUUUGGAAGAAAUUCGAAGCAGCUUAGCAGGGAAAAAGAAAACUUCAGUGGUUGUUCAGGAGGAUCUGCAGAAAUGGGGGCUGCGAGGGAUCCAGCUCAGAGGAUAUCAACUGGACGGGGUCCAGUGGCUGAUCCAGAACCUGCAGAACCAGCAGGGAUGCAUCCUGGGAGAUGAGAUGGGUUUGGGCAAAACCUGCCAGGUUCGUGUGAUCCACACAUUUAUCCGUGAGUUAGGGCUGACUUUGAAUAUCACAUAUAAAGAAAUAAAGAAAUAAAAGGUGAUCCUUAAAAUCUACCUAUUUAAAAGUGUGUUUUUGGUAUUUUUUUCAGGCUGAAAACUUUUGUUAAUAACAGUUCCACCUUUCCUCUGUCUGUCACUAUAAUGUCAGCUUCAUAUCCUGUCAGCAAAGAUGGAGAAGUGAGAUCUAUGUGUAGUUUGUUUUAGAUUUAGCAAAUGUGUUUGCUGUAAAAUAUGUUGAAGUCCAAAGCACAGUGAGAUGUGGUUGAAAGAUUCUUGUCAGACCUCUCAGUGAUGAUGUUCAGGUUCAUGUGCCUUUA